ACAUAUUCUAAUGCUUGGUAGAAUAAAAUAAAAAAAGUCAGAUAAUCAUCAGAAAUUUUACAUAAUUACACAACUAAGAUCUCUUCAACCUCCUCAUUACUUGUUAUAAUCAUGAGCUCUGAUAACAGAGAUGAUGAUCAUUUCGACCGUUCGUUCUGGCAAAACUCGACUUCUUACGAUGGCACCAGCAAGAUCUUACUUCUCACCAUCGUUACUUUCUCUAUCAUUAUCCUCAUCGUCUUUGUGUAUCAUCUUUACGCUAGAUUCAUCCUCCACCGCCGUAGAUCAACCUUCCAAGGCCUCUCCUUCUCCGUCGUGUCUCAGCCGCCCAUACGUGGUCUCGACAAACUUGUCAUUGCAUCUCUCCCUACAUUCGUCGUUGGAGUCAACGGUGGUGAUGUCUCGGCCACGGAAUGUGCGGUGUGUCUAAGCUUGUUGGAGGAGAAAGAUACGGCGAGGAUGUUACCAAACUGCAAGCACGUUUUCCACGUGACAUGCGUUGAUACAUGGCUCACCACGUGUUCCACUUGUCCUGUUUGUCGAACUGAAGUCGAGCCGAGUCAAAGGCUUGUGCCUGAGCCAAGAGAAGGACCAGCUGGCGGCGGUGCAUCGCCGUUAGAUUUAACGGCGGCAUCUUCGUCGGAUAAUAAAACUCGCGUUGACCAAGAUCGUGUAUUGGACCUAGAAAGACAAUGAAUAGAUACACAUACCACGAUAGUUAAAUCUAUAAUUUAUGUACAAUAGUACUCUUGUUCCUUCGUAAUUUUUAUUGUCUUACUAAAAUAUUUUGUAAUGUGUAAAUCUUUUGUAUGUUACUGUAGGAAAUGCACAUUAUAGUACAAAACCAUUUGUUGAUUAACGUGUGAAAAAUAUAAGAAGAAAAAGGUGUUGAACUUGUAAUAUUUUCAAA